CACUCAGCGCGCGGCUGCGCACUGUGCCGCCUGCCGUCCCGGAAGCGCCUCGCCCGGCUAGCGCCACGUUUCUCCCGGCAGGUCCUCCCUGGGCCCGGCAGCCGCCGCCUCAGCCCUCGAGGGGCGCAGCGCCCGAGCGCGGCCCUCGGGACGGGACCGAGAGCAUCAUGGGCUGCGCGGCCCCGCGCUCCGCCUCCGCGCUGCUCCUGCUGCUGCUCCUGCUCCGGGCCGAGCAGCCCCGCGGGGCCGAGCUCACCUUCGAGCUGCCGGACAACGCCAAGCAGUGCUUCCACGAGGAGGUGGAGCAGGGCGUGAAGUUCUCCCUGGAUUACCAGGUCAUCACUGGAGGCCACUACGACGUUGACUGCUAUGUGGAGGACCCCCAGGGGAACACCAUCUACAGAGAAACCAAGAAACAGUACGACAGCUUCACGCACCGGGCUGAGGUCAAGGGUGUUUAUCAGUUUUGCUUCAGUAAUGAGUUUUCCACCUUCUCUCACAAGACCGUCUACUUUGACUUUCAAGUAGGCGAUGAGCCCCCCAUUCUCCCAGACAUGGGGAACAGGGUCACCGCUCUCACCCAGAUGGAGUCUGCCUGCGUGACCAUCCACGAGGCUCUGAAGACGGUCAUUGACUCCCAGACGCAUUACCGGCUGCGAGAGGCCCAGGACCGGGCCCGAGCGGAAGACCUCAAUAGCCGAGUCUCUUACUGGUCUAUCGGCGAGACGAUUGCCCUGUUCGUGGUCAGCUUCAGCCAGGUGCUGCUGUUGAAAAGCUUCUUCACAGAAAAACGACCCGUCAGCAGGGCAGUCCACUCCUAGUCCAGGCAUCCUGCUCUAGGGCCCCUGAUGCCCCAGGCUGCAGCAGUCCCUAGGUCACAGCCUGCUGGGCAGGGUGGAGGCAGGCGAUGCUGCUGUGGUGGCCCCUUGCCUUUCAUGCCCAUGCUUGAUUCUCGCACCUCAGCAGCUGAAGGUCACAGAGCCCAGUAAUCAGAAGGCAUCCCGACUGCCUUAUGUGUGCAGCGCUGAAAAGAUGUUUACAGUUAGGCUAGGGUUUAGCCACUGUGGGAGGAUGGUCAGGCCAGGAUCCAAUAACCUGGCUUUAGCGGGAACUCCAAGUACCCAGGCCUGUUGGGCAGCUCAGGGUCCUGCCUCUGUUUCAUGAUGCAUGGGUCAUUUGGCUUAGGUAUCCUAUCCCAUAUGGGGAAGAAAGGGGCUCUCAGUUCUGGCUCUUCCUCCCCUGAGGUUCUCCGUACCCGAGGAAACCAGGCCCUGAGCGACUUUGCAGAUGUGUUCACCAGCAUCAGCCAUGCAAGCAGAACAGGAUGGUGACUGGGUGCCCUUGGUGAGCUGUGUAUUUCCUAGGAGGUAGAAAACCGUGGGAAACUGUGGCUAAUAAAAACUAAGUGUGAGCAUCCU